AGUUAACCCGGGAUAGGGAGCCUGGGUCUGGGAACAGUCUAAUUUAACCCGGGAUAGGGAGCCUGGGAUAACCUGACUAACCCGGGAUAGGAGCCUGGGCCUGGGAACAGUCUAAUUAACCCGGGAUAGGAGCCUGGGCUUUGGGGGGAGAGAGCCUGACUUAACCCGGGAUAGGAGCCUGGGAUAAUCUGAUUAACCCGGGAUAGGGAGCCUGGGAUAAUCUGACUAACCCGGGAUAGGGAGCCUGGGAUAAUCUGACUAACCCGGGAUAGGGAGCCUGGGAUAAUCUGACUAACCCGGGAUAGGGAGCCUGGGAUAACCUGACUAACCCGGGAUAGGGAGCCUGGGAUAAUCUGACUAACCCGGGAUAGGGAGCCUGGGAUAAUCUGACUAACCCGGGAUAGGAGCCUGGGCCUUGGGGGGGGAAGAGUCUGACUUAACCCGGGAUAGGAGCCUGGGAUAACCUGAUUAACCCGGGAUAGGAGCCUGGGCCUGGGAACAGUCUAAUUAACCCGGGAUAGGAGCCUGGGCUUUGGGGGGGAGAGCCUGACUUAACCCGGGAUAGGAGCCUGGGAUAAUCUGAUUAACCCGGGAUAGGAGCCUGGGAUAAGCUGAUUAACCCGGGAUAGGAGCCUGGGCUUUGGGGGGGAGAGUCUGACUUAACCUGGGAUAAGAGCCUGGCCCUGUGACCGUCUGAUUAACCCAGGAUAGGAGCCUGGCCCUGUGACCGUCUGAUUAACCCAGGCCUGUGACCAUCUGAUUAAUCCAGGGUAGGAGCCUGGGCCUGGGAGCAGUCUGUUUACAGGAGUCUGGGACAUUGCAGUUAACCUGCACGCUCUGAUUAACCCAGACCCAGCACAGGUUUACCUGCUGCAAGGUGGGGGCGAGCUACCCCCAGAUUGACUCGCGACCAGGACUCGACUGGGGUCAAGUCCGGGAUAAGAGGCCCGUUUAGACUCGGAAAGUCUCGCUUGCAACAGAGGCCGCUUUGAUCCGCGUCGCUCGUUGAUACCGGGGAUAGACCUGACGGCCCGAGAAACCGAAAAGUCGAAGGAGAGGCGACAGGAGACGGCCGCGGUCGACGUGAGGGGAUUACUUCAGUGACAUCUGAAACACUGAGGAAGAACUUGUGCAAGCUGUUUUGAAAUCAGAAGUGGCCGCUGCACGGUUUAUGCUAAAAAAAAAGGCAGAGUGAAGUGAAACUGAAAUUGGGUGUGUUAUUAUUCGCCGCUGCAGAAGAGACCAAUUAAAUUGAUCGAGGGAGUGCGGGAUUGUGUCUGAGACGCUGUGACGGCCUGACAGAGAAAGCGUUAUUCUUGGAGCGAGGGGGAAUAAAUAAACUUGCUCUGUACCCUUGGAGAUAAGGGUCCACUGAUACAACAAGGUUUGAAACAGGAAGAAGAUAGGAUUUGGCAGCUGUAAGGGGAGGAGGAGGAUUGACAUCCCUCCCACCCCGCUAAGCAGGAGAGACAACCAGCAGGGAUGGAGCCGGAGGCUGAACCGGAAUGUCGGAGCCGUAGGCUGCGUGCUGUUACCAGGCGUCGCUAUGAGGACGAUGGUAUAUCUGACGAUGAGAUCGAGGGGAAGAGGACGUUUGACCUGGAGGAGAAGCUGGAAAGCAGCAUGUAUAGUGCGAGCUUUGUCCGGUUCAUGGAAGGGAAAGAUUUCACUUUCCAAUACGUCCAGCGAGAUGGUCUGCGAUGUCCGCUCAUUUUCAAGAAGAAAGAUGGCCUUGGAAUCAAAAUGCCCGAGCCCGGGUUCAGUGUCAAUGACGUGAAAAUGUUUGUCGGGAGUCGCAGGAUGGUGGAUGUGAUGGAUGUCAAUACCCAGAAAGGCAUUGAGAUGACGAUGGCGCAGUGGGUGAAGUACUAUGAGACACCAGCUGCUGAGCGGGAGAAGCUCUACAAUGUCAUCAGCCUAGAGUUCAGCCACACCAAGCUGGAGAAUAUUGUCCAGCGUCCUGCAACGGUGGACCUGGUGGACUGGGUGGAUAACAUUUGGCCCCGACAUCUGAAGGAAAGGCAGACGGAGUCAACAAACGCCAUUAUCGAAAUGAAGUACCCAAAAGUCAGGAAGUACUGUUUGAUGAGUGUCCGAGGCUGCUACACAGAUUUCCACAUCGAUUUUGGUGGGACAUCUGUAUGGUACCACAUCCACCGAGGAGGCAAGAUCUUCUGGCUGAUCCCACCCACCCCCCUGAACCUGGAGAUUUACGAGAGCUGGGUGUUGUCAGGGAAACAGGGCGAUAUCUUCCUGGGUGACAAGGUGGAGAAGUGUCAACGCAUUGAACUGAAACAGGGUUACACCUUCCUGAUCCCCUCGGGCUGGAUCCAUGCUGUUUACACUCCUGAGGAUACCCUGGUGUUCGGGGGCAACUUCCUGCACAGUUUCAACAUCCCGACACAACUCCGCAUCCACAACAUCGAGGACAGGACCAGGGUGCCCUCGAAGUUCCGGUACCCUUUCUAUUACGAGAUGUGCUGGUAUGUUGUGGAACGGUAUGUCUUCUUCCUGACCAAAUGUUCACACCUCACCAAACAGUUCCAGAGGGAGUCCCAGCUCAUCAAUGAAGACACGGAGUCUGACGACACGGAGAAUGGUGAUGUGGUGAAGGACGAGGUGGAUGAGCGUGAGGAGCCAGCAGAGAGGGAGAGGCGCAGCCACUCGCUGCGGAAGGCUCCCUGUGAAAGCCAGGCUCCCAACCACAAUGGGCUGCCCCAGGAGCAGGCGAACAGGCCACUGAAGAGCCCAUCGUCUGAGUCGCUGGACAGUGCAGGAGGAGGCUGCGUGGGACCACAGGAGCCAGCCCCCAGCCGCUGGAUCCACCUGACCCAGUUUGAGCGCACCGGCCUGCAGGCGCUUGUCGAUAAGCUGCAGGCUCUGCCUGAACACAAGAAGUGUGUUCCUGCGGGACUCCUGGACCCAGACUCGCUGCUCCAGGCAAUGCAGGUGAGGAAGGGCCUGACCCCGGACAGGCAGCGCCUGAUAGCGGAGGUGGUACGGAAGCGGGAGGAGCACUCGCGGAGGGCCCAGGCCAUGGAGGCUGCCCGGCGCCGGCUCGACACUCUCUCCAAACGCAAGAAGUUUGACUACCUCCUGCUCCGCAAGAAGAGGCUGGCAGCAGCUGAGCACAACGCCAGGAAGAAGAUCAAGUUGGAGAGGGAACAGAUUCUCCUGCGAACGAAACGGAAAGCUGAGGACAGCCCUGACGAUCGGGUUGGAGCCAAGAUCCUGCGGCCGCUGCGUAACGGUGAGGAGGUGUACCCCCGGGCUGGUUCCAGCCGGGAUUCUCUCCGGCCUGACCGUGCCGAGAGGUUUAACCGCCGGCAGCUUCGCCGCAGCUGCGACUCCGCCCGCGGGAACUCCACCGCCGCGGCAGCAGCCCGGCAUCGGCACCUUUCGGAGAUUGAGAAGGCCAAGAUCAGGGGCUCCCUGCUGACCGUUCGCCUCCACCGCUCUCCCGGGGACUUUAACGGUGCAGCCGGUCAUCACCACAGUCCCAGCAGCACCAGCCUGCGCCAAGCUCCUCGUGUGGUCAGCUGGCAAUCAGGCUGUCAGUGCCAACAGGAUAACCCCUCGCCGUCAUCCUCGUCGUCGGAAAACCUCCCGGAGGACCACAUGAUGCAGCGACAUCUCUGGAUGUCCGUCUUCCGUUACCUGACCCAGAAGGAGCUGUGUGUCUGCAUGAGGGUUUGCAAGGCCUGGAGCAAGUGGUGCUGUGAUAAGAGACUGUGGACGAAGAUUAACUUGAGUCGGUGUAAGGCCAUCACUCCGAUGGCUCUGGGCGGGAUCAGUAAGAGGCUUCCCGUCAGCCUGGAUCUCAGCUGGAGCAACAUCUCCCGCAAACAGCUCAGCUGGCUUAUCGACAGGCUGCCUGGCCUGAAGGACCUCUUUCUGUCAGGGUGCUCCUGGUCAGCUAUCUCUGCUCUCAGCACUUCCAGCUGCCCCUUACUCCGUACCCUCGACCUCCGAUGGGCUGAGGGUCUUCGCGAUACCCAGAUGCGGGAUCUGCUGUGUACCCCCGAUAAACCAGGCCAGCUUGACAAUCGGAGUAAAUUACGGAACGUGACGGAUUUCCGGUUAGCGGGCCUGGACAUCAGUGAUGUGACCCUGCGGUUGAUCAUCCGGCACAUGCCUCUGCUCUCUCGCCUGGACCUCAGUCACUGCAGCCACCUGAGUGAUCACUCCCUCAACCUCCUCACCGCCGUCGGCUCCUCCACUCGCAACUCCCUCAGCGAGUUACAGCUGGAAGGCUGCAAUAAAUUGACUGACCAGUGCCUGACUUACCUGAAGAGAAUCGGCAACAUCUCCUGCAUUAACCUGCACAACUGUAAGCAGAUCUCCACGGGAGCCUGUGAGAUGUUUCUUUCUGAACUCUCUGUAAAUGGUCUCUUCUGUCUCUCGGAGGAGAGGCUAAUUCGCAAAAUCAGCUGAGAAUUGGAAUGACGAGCCGCCAUGUCUUUCUCUCCCACUCCCUCCAACGACCUUCGGCCCACCCAUUCUGCUGGAAGACGUCACUUACCUCCCCUUCUCCCUCUCUCUCUCUCUCUCUCUUUUUCUCUCCUCUUUCUCUCUCUUAUUCCCCCCUCUUUCUCCCCACCUUUUCCCCCUCCCCCUCUCUCUUCCCUCCUCCCCCUCUCUCUUCCCUCCUCCCCCUCUCUCUUCCCUCCUCCCCCCUCUGUUUUUUCUCUCCCCCCCUCUGUUUUUUCUCUCCCCCCCCUCUGUUUUUUCUCUCCCCCCCCUCUGUUUUUUCUCUCCCCCUCUCUGUUCUCUCCCCCCCCCCCCGCCCCUUUCCUUGUCUCUCCCCCCAAGCCCUUGUCUCUGUCUGUGCUCUCCUCUGUUCCCAGUUGGCCGUGAGGAUAGCAGGGCAGGGCAGGGCAGCAAGACCACUGCGUCUGUUCGAGUUUCCCACCCCCAAGAUGUUUGCAUUUAAAAUGUUUUUUUUUUGAAGAGUUUUUUUUUGUUUUUGCUUUCUGAUUCCAGGGUUUGAACGUUUUUGAGUUUCUUUGCGUUUCUCCCUCUCUCUCCCUCUCUCUCUCCCCGCCCCCCCCCCCCCCCCCCCCCCCUGAAUUGGGAUGAGUCUGAUCUGCGCGUGUUCAGCAGUGAAGAGGAGGGAGAUUAGCACAAUGCGUUUGCGAUGGCACAGCUCAUUUGGAGCUGCCCACCUCCUUCAUGUCUCCCAGAGGGAGGGAGAGGGAGAGACCCCCACUCUCGGUGGCUUUGUAGCUAAACAUCCUGCACAGCAAGGUCUCUCUGGCCACCAAUCACAUGGGCGUGGGGUCAGGGGUGGGACAGGGCGGGAUGUGGUGAGAUAGAUAUAUUUUUCAAUAGGGUUUAGGAACUGCGGCUAUGGCCUAGAGUUUUACUCUGAUCCCUACUCCCCCACACCCACCGCGCACACCCCCCCCCUCCAUCCCCAACUUACCCUUCGUUUAAAUCCAUCGUCUCUGAUCCCUGUGACACUCAAAGUGUCAGUGGAUCAGAGCUCCCCCCACACCCUUGGAUCUCCACCUCUGCUGAGUGAGGGGGGGGGUCUCCUCAGUCCCCUGCCCCCCUCCCCCGCCCCACCUUGGAGUGCAGAGCAAUACUUUCUAAAAGUAAAGCCCAUUCCUUUGACUUUAAAACCAAACCCCUGGGGGUGGGGGGUGGGAGGAUAUUCCUGGCCGGGGAGGGAGGGAGGGAGGGCGGGCAAGGGGACCGGGUGUUUGUUUGUUUCCUGUAAAUAGUUUAAUUUGCCUGUGCUCCUUUUAUAUUACUUCUGUCCCCACUCCUCCCCCCUCCCUCCAUACGCAAAACAAAAACAAAAACAAAGACCAAUUUAUCCGGAGAUAAAUUAAUAAUUAAAACCAUCUCCACCGGCGUUAGCUGCCUGCUUUACUGAGGUGGGGCGGGGGGGGGGGGGGGAGGGUGUCCGGAUUUCAAACCCACCCUCCCUCCUUUCCAUUUUGCCAUUUUUGUUUUUUUUAAGAAAAAAAUCAGAUUUAGAAUAACUUUAAAGAUAAAAAAAUUUAUGCGGGAAAAAUCUAUAAAAGAUGCAAAAUGACAACCUGCGGGAAUUAUUUUGU